AUGAGGAACUCCAAGAGUGCUCAAAUGUUGAGGCAGGCAGACCGCACCAGUCCCUUACCGGCGCCGCAUUCGCCGAGACGUCAAAAGUUGAACCUUAGGAUGAAGAGCCUGUCGCUGGACUCGCCAGAGUGCGGGGAGCUGAGACGUCGCCCUCGGGACCAAGCCUCGCAGGGCAGCCGAGUGCUAUGUGACAACAGAACAUAUAGCAUGAGAUAUGGCUCGUAUAGACUAAGUAACCACAUGAUUCACCAAUAUGCCCAAUCAUCUCCGUCGUCUCCGGUACACAGCCGAAGACUUUUAAGUGCUAGAGGUGGUCGUAUGAGUAGCGUGGAACUGCCAGACGAGCCGGAUAAGAGCCUUUCCUCGAACAGUGCCAGCCCAUGUCCGUCCCCUGUGAAGCAGCCCAGUAAGCAUCAACGUCUACUUCCGACCAAUCUUUAUGUGAUUCUCUACAAUUUCAAAUCGCGGCAUGCUGAUGAAUUAGACCUGAAGGCCGGCUACAAAGUUACUGUGAUCGAUACAUCUGAUCCAGACUGGUGGAAGGGCAAAUGCUUAGGCAAAAUAGGAUACUUUCCUUCCAAAUACUGCACUAAGCUUCAAGCCGGAGAAAGACCAUUGCAAGUUACUCACAAUUUACAGGUAUCUGAUGGAGACAAUGGACUGAUGCUACUUCGCGAUCAGAUCGUAAUUCAAGUGGGGGAUGAGGUUGAUGGCAUGGUGAUGAUCCGUUCUGGAGAUAAUCGACAAGGCGUUUGUCCGAUCAAGUUCCUACAGGAGGUG